CUAAUUUUUUAUCACGAACGUAAUCCAGUUAAUAAUAUUAAGACUCUUAAAAUAGGAUAUUUUAAACUAUUGUUUAAAAUAUAAAUUUAUUUAAAAUAAUUUGAUAAAUAUUUCAUCGAUUUCAUGUUUUCGACUGUAAUCGAUAUUAUUAUUAAAUCGCUAUGCUUAGCGUAAAAAUACCAUGAAAUAACUAGUAAAGUUAAUUGUGUACAUUGAGUGACAAAAUGUCUUUUAUAAUAAAUAAUUUUAAUUAAAAUGAAUAAAUAAGUAAAAUGGCAGCAUAUUGUGUGAACAUUAACAAUGUCGAGAUGGAUCUUCCAGUUCUGUUGGCCAAUUUAAAAAAAUCUUGUGGAUUAUGGUUCCUAAACGAGCGACAUACAACCGUCACUCUAAAUAAUGAAAACAACUUAUCCUCAUAUGAAAACAUAACAACAGCCACUGUGGAGAUAUUGCGUCAUGGAUUGCGUAUAAAAUCAGGGAAUACCAUAACGGCGACCUGCAACUCUGCAAUAGGUUCAUCUAGCGAAAAUAUUUACCUUGAUAGUCCCGACGGUUUUAAAAAGCUUGUGGAAGAUUUUGAGUGGGUUUGUAGGUCGGCGCAGAUUCGUGAUUCAUUUGCGGAUUUCUCUAUUGAACCGGCGUCAUAUGGGAGUAGCAUAAAACAAACCGUGGGUGCAUCAUCUGUAAUUAAUGACCGUGGACAGUAUCCCAUCGAAAGAUUUCUUCGUUCCUGGGUGCUACGUAAUUUACAGUCAAAUUGCUUAAGUGUCUGCUUGCAAGUUUUGGUUGCAGAAAAAGAAUUGAUCAAUACAUACUAUGCAGAAGAAGCAUUUCUACGAAAUGAACCGUAUUCGACAGCGCUUUUUAUUUGUUUAUCAGCAGUGGAAUUGAAUCAAUACAGUCUGAUAAGUCAAAUAGAUCCAAAGCUCUACAGUCCAAAAUCCGGUAUGGAAUCCUUGACUACUACAACGAAAGUUAAGCAUAGGCGCACCAAUUCACAUCCCACAUUCUCAAUUUCUCCGCCUAAAAAUACAAAUAUUACAAAGAUUACUGACAUAUACAAGGAAACCAAUGAGGAAAAAUACAUUACAAAAAAUGAUUUACGUAAAAUGACCGAUUUUACAAAUGUUGCAUCGAACAUCCCUGCUUUCCUAACAUUUCGUAAAACCAAAAGCCUUCCAACAUUGCAAUACAAACCCCAAGCAUCAUUUGGAUUAUUUCUCCACGAAACGCAUAGACCGCGUUCGAAAACUAUGGCUAUUAAUUCGCAAAAUUGUUUACGGAAAGAUAAUAGGCAGCCAUUUGUCAAAUCAGAUGAUUUUAAUGCGGAGUCAACUCUUCUCAAUACGCCAAAAAUGAGUAAUAACAGCGGUUCCUGUUAUUCUAAUUCUACUACUAACACAGCAACAACAUCAAGUUCAUUGUAUUCUGGUAGCGAUUUCCCUGACAUCGAGCAGCCUGCGAAAAAUCAGCAAAGCCAACAGCAAGCAUUUGCUUCGACGAAAUUAAGUCAGCGAUCGUCUUCCUCAACACCUACGCCUUCCAUUUCUUCCUCUAAUACUGCGCCUGCCCGUCGCAUAGAAUUCAUUAAUUGCGAUGACAUCAAAAUCUGGACCGAUCAGGCUUAUGAACAAACUCAAAUCCAACAAAGUGAUUUUAAUCAGGGAAUCCCAACAACCGAUCCAUGUACCAUACCGCAAGGUUUUGAACCACAGAAAGCGAAAAGCGCAAGUCCUUUGGGCAGUUUUCUAUGUAAUCUGUUUAGCACACCUCCCACAUAUACCCAUUGGUCCAUAUCGAAUCAAAAUGAUAACAGUUUUGUUAGCAGUUUAGAUGAUACCGAAACUAAUGGUUUUACUGCGACAUUAGCCUUUCCUUGUAAUUUAAAGCAACCUGCAGAUAAUUCGAAAAUCUCGUCUGGUGUCUUCGAUGCAUUCAUGCCUGUUUACGGACAAAAGUUGCGUUCACGGCACUCCCAAAGCUUGUUUGAGGAUGGUGUAAGUACGCUCGAUUAUAAAACGUCAGCAAAUGAAUCGGAAAUGGUUAGAUCAGUCAAAACUGGUGCCAAAUUAAAUGAAAUCUCGAAACCAUUGCCAAAAUGUGAACAAUCGUUAACAGACUUUUUAGAAACUUCGCAAAUGUCUCGAAAUAACACUGAGUUGGAAAAAGAGAAUGCUCAUUUUCGUGUAUCGGAAGCGAUAAUCUCAGCAAUCGAACAUAUAAAAUGGGACAACAGCACCGAACCAGAGAAAAAAUGGCGACGUAGAAAAGAAGCAAGCCAAUCUACAACUGCCCUAACUGCCACAGAUUGCUUGAGCGCUGAAAAUACAAAGAGUCGUAUUCAUAAAACUGAUAAUUUUCCGGAUGAAGCCAGCGAACAUAUUCCUUACGCAGAGUUAGAUGAGAAUUGUUUAGAUUCACUUUCUGCUGAAGUUGUUGGACUCUCACUUAUUUCCAAAUUUAAUGACAAACAUCUGCCAAAAGUGUCGGAGUUGAAAUGGCUGGUUUCCGAGGAAGAUACUCCGCAACAACUUUUGCCAAUGCCGGAUAAUAGUCCUACCUCGAAUCCCGAUGAAAAUGUUAUACAACCACUUACACGUGGCACGCGAUAUUGGGCGCCACCACGUCAACAAAUUAUCUUUACGGAUCACCCCUCGAUAAGUCGCAAGGAGUUGAUACAAAAGCAGAACAAUCGUUGCGCGGGCUGUGGAAUGCGAGUUUCUCGGCAAUAUAUCAGUAGUUUUCGCUAUUGUACGUAUCUUGGUAAAUAUCAUUGCACCGGAUGUCAUCGCAAUCAAAUAUCACCUAUUCCCGCAAAAAUUUUACAUUCUUGGGAUUUCAAGUGUUAUCCGGUUAGCGUUUUCGCCUAUCGCUUAUUGGAUCAGAUGUAUACGUAUCCGCUGUUUUACGUGCCAGACUUAAAUCCAGCGCUAUACAUAAAUAAUAAAGCGCUUUUAAAUGCGCGAAAGAAGCGUGUUCACUUGAAAUUCGUUAAAGAUUUUGUGAAGACUUGCCGCUUUGCAGUGAGAGAGCAAGUUUACUUCGAAAGCAUACCAGAGCAUAUUGCAAACGAUGCGGAUAUUUGGUCAUUGUCCGAUUUCAUUGAUGUGCGAAACAAAAGUAUGCAACACUCAAUCGAUCAACUCAUUGAAAAAUGCGAACAUCAUAUUUUCAAUUGUGUGCUCUGUACAGCCCGUGGAUUCCACUGUGAGUACUGCCAAAAAGAUCAAGUGAUAUAUCCAUGGCUAAAAAAUGUGUUUCGCUGUGAUCGUUGCGGUUCUUGCUUCCAUUUGAACUGCUGGAAAUUAAUGUCCAAUACGUGUUGUAGAUGCCAAAGAAUAAGUAAAAGACAAGAAAUUGCGGUUACCUGAAACGCAAUACAACAAUGUUCAGCGUCGAAAAUCCAAAUGUACCUUAAACCAAAUUCGAAUAUAAUGAAAACGCAAAUACUAAUGAAAAUAGUAUGUGCGUAUAAAUACUUAGUUAUUACUAGUUGAAUUUGACCUGUAAAUAUUGCUUAGCAGAAUAGUAAGAAUAGUGCGCAAAAUUGUUAAUUUUUUGUAGUUCAACUUGGAGACAAAUACAUUCUUUAUAGUCUGUUCUAUUUA